AUGAAGUUAUAUGGAGUUGUAACAUUAUGCCUAUCAUUGCUGGUAACAUGCACCUCUGAAGUUUCUCAGCAAGCAGCGGAUGCUACCCGUAGCAUACAAAGGCCAUAUGAAAAGGUUGUGGAGCAUGGAAAGACAUGUGUUGGAAAAGUAUGCUCUCUUCUUGAGAGGGGAAAAAGCAUGCUCUAUACUAGAAUCAAGAAUGUGAUGUCUAGCAUUAGAAGCAGGAGUGAGAAGGCCCAGGAGGUUGUUGGGCCCGAAAAUAUGCAGGGAUCCGAGGAGGAGGCAUUUGACCUGUCUCCCGAAGAUAUUGAGAAGCUAAUUGAGGAAAUCAAGAAGAAGCUUGCUGGGUACAUGGAUGUGACGGGAGAACAAAGCGAAGAGGAAAAGAAGGAGGAAGAGAAAGAAGAAGAAAAGAAAGAGUUGUGA